AUGGAGUGCACAUGCGCGAAAUGGAUAGAGUUGCUUGACGAAAAUGAGAGCAAUGACCGGGUCGGCUUCGAGGAAGCAUAUUAUUCGCUUUGCGCGAAGAUUCGUGAACUUCUUAAUCCAACAUUAUCUCUGCGGACGCAACCGAUGUCACCAUCUACGUCAGGCGCAUCUAAUCGAUCGGAAAAUCAAUUCAGUGUCAGAUUGCCCAAGUUGAAUCUUCCAACGUUUUCUGUUAUACAUUCAAACGCGUCAAUCAGUGACGUACAAAAAUUGCAAUACUUAAAGUCUUCACUUAUCGGUGACACGAGUAGCGUGAUCAGUGCAUUGAAAAUUUCCGCCGCAAAUUAUCAAAUAGCGUGGGAUGCUCUAAAGGAACGUUAUGACAACAGACGAAUGAUCGUUCACACGCACAUUAAAGCAAUACUAGAUCUAUCCUCGCUCACCAAGGGAGAUUCAACCGAGCUGCGUCGAAUCGCGGACGGGGCAAUCCGGCAUGUACAAGCCCUCAAGGCACUCAAAUGUCCCACGGCGCACUGGGACGAUCUGUUAGUAUACAUUCUAACCACAAAAUUCGAUGCACGCACAUUACAAAAAUGGCAGUCCUCACUAAUAGUGUUAGAGACCACAAACAAGAUCAAUCUCGCUUCCAAGAACACUAACAAGCAUUCACAAACGAACACAAAACGACAAUCCACAUGUGCAGCCACGAUCAAAUCCAAGUGCAACUAUUGCAAGGGCGAGCAUCCCAUAUAUUUCUGCAAGGAGUUCUUGGCACGGCCGAUCAAGCAAAGGACAGUAGAGGUACGCAAUCGUAAGUUCUGUGUCAACUGUCUCCGCUCUCCGAUGCAUCCAUUGGACAAAUGCACAUCCAUAGGUUGUAAAAUCUGCAAUGUCAAACACAACACGUUGUUGCAUACGAGCACCAGUUCGUCGGAGGAUCACUCCGGCACUUCCGACAACACAAAGGAAUCAAGUAAACAAAAUUCCACGACAACCGUGACGACACAUUCGUCGAACAAUCAAGGCAAGGAUCAUAUCAUGCUUUCCACAGCUGUGGUCAAUGUCAUUGCCUCCGAUGGUACAUCGCAUCCUUGCCGAGCAUUACUAGAUUCUGGAUCUCAAGCAAGUUUCAUUUCGAAACAACUCGCCGUAACUCUUGGUUUACAGCUACACCCGAUAAACGUCACAAUAUCUGGUGUCAACAAUACUACGUCAAACGCUACAAUGGCGACCAAGGUAACGCUGCAAUCAAGAUUGAAUUCUUAUUGUAGAGCGAUAGACUGCAUAGUAACAGAGCGGAUAACCGAGAAGCUUCCAAUGACUACCUCAAGGCUUGGAGACUACAACAUUCCUCGUAACCUCAAGCUACCUCAUUUCAACCUUUCCUCCAAGGUCGACAUUCUGAUCGGAGCAGAAAUCUUUUGGGAGCUACUCUGUGUAGGACAAAUCGUGGACACUCAAAAUCAUUCGACCCUACAAAAAACAAGAUUAGGGUGGAUUCUGGCCGGACGUCGCAGCGGUACGGUGACGCCUGCAGAAAACGUGCAGUUAGAACAGGUUAGAUCACGGGAGAAACUUCCUAUCAAGGAAGAAUUAAUCGGCAACUUUGGCAACACAAGAGACAUCGCAUUGCAACGUUUACAAGGAACAGAGCGUCGGUUCAUUCGGGAUCCUAACUUAAGGGACCAGUAUGUCCACUUCAUGGACGAAUAUUUGAAACUAGGACACAUGAAGGAAGUCAGCACUCCUCCACUUGAGGAUGCAGCACAUCUUCUUACUUUUCUCAUCAUGACGUCUUUAAGGGCGCCAAACAAUCAUCCAAGAUUCGUGUCGUUUUCCAUGCUUCAAGUAAGAGCGACACAGGAUUAUCAUUGA